CAUUAAAAGGUUUGAGAAUGGAACGUUGGGUUGGAAGUGUUGCCAUAGUUACGGGUGCUAGCUCUGGAAUUGGUGAGGGUAUUGCCAGAGAGUUGGUAAAAAAUGGACUAAUUGUUGUAGGUUUGGCCAGAAGAAUCGAUCGCCUAAAUAAUUUGAAAGAACAAUUAAAAAAUGAAUCAGGAAUAUUUUAUCCCCUUAAAUGUGAUAUGACAAAAGAAGAAGAAAUUUUAGCAUCAUUCGAUUGGAUUAAAAAUAAUGUAGGCAAUAUUAAUUUGCUUGUGAACAAUGCAGGAUUUGGACGUUUAACUACACUUUCAGGAGGAAAAACGUCAGAUUGGAAGGACAUGUUCGAUUGUAAUGUAAUGGGAUUGAGUAUUGCAACCCGUGAAGCUGUUAAAAAUAUGACUGAAAAGAAUAUACCUGGCCUUAUAAUUCACAUUAAUAGUAUCUACGGUCAUUUUGUUCCAACCACAUGUGCUGAAACUGAAAAUAUGUAUAUUGCUACAAAAUAUUGUGUUACAGCUUUAGCUGAAACAUUACGUUUGGAAUUAGCUAAAUCUAAAUCAUCUAUCAGAGUUUCUAGUAUAAGUCCAGGUGUAGUUGCUACGGAAUUUGUGGAAGCGGGAGGUUUCAGUGAUGUAGAGGAUCUAUACAAUCAAGUUCCACCAUUAAAACCACUUGAUAUUGCCAAUGCAGUUUUGUAUUUAUUAAGUACACCGCCAAAUGUGAAUAUAACUGAAUUAACCAUACGACCAACUGGAGAAAUUCUUUAAAAUAACAAUAAUCUUCAACUUUAAAUCGAACCAAACUCUAUCUUUUUGCGGCUAUUUAAUAAAAAAUUUCCUAG